AUGGCCCAUAUGAAUGGCUUUGCCAAACAUGGCCUUGACGACGAUCCUUUCAGCGAGAAGUCCGCUCUUUCAGGAUUGAGAACAUUCGACGCCUUUCCGAAAACUAAGCCUUCAUAUACCUCUGCCUCGCGUCGCGGUGGCCAAUGGACACUGCUUGUCCUCGUCAUCUGCUCGGCUCUUACCUUCUCCGAGUUGCGCGCCUGGUGGAUCGGGGUUGAGACGCAACAUUUUUCUGUCGAGCGCGGAGUAUCUCAUGAAUUGCAAAUGAACCUUGAUAUCGUGGUCGCCAUGCAGUGCAAAGAUUUACACGUUAACGUGCAAGAUGCAGCGGGUGACAGAAUUCUGGCAGGAGAUCUUUUGACGAAGCAUGAAACAAGCUGGCAACUCUGGACAGACAAAAUAAGCAGGAAGAGGCGAAGAGACCAUCAGGCUUACCAGCUCUUGCACGAGGAGAAUGCGGAGCGCAUGCAAGCUGAAGAAGAGGACCAGCACGUCGGACAUGUCCUUGGACACAUGAGAGAGGGUGGCAAGAAAUUUCCAAAAACACCUAAGCUGAGAAAAGGAGAGCAUGCGGAUUCAUGUCGCAUCUUCGGCAGCCUGGAGGGCAACAAGGUCCAAGGCGAUUUUCACAUUACAGCCAGAGGACAUGGAUAUAUGGAUUGGGGCUAUCAGCAGCAUCUGGACCAUACUAGUUGGUACCCCUAUUUCGCUACAGAGUUAGGACUAAUCGAAGCAGCUUUCAAUUUCUCGCAUUAUGUAAACGAAUUAUCUUUUGGACCACAUUAUCCGUCUCUCCUCAAUCCUCUUGACAAAACUAUAUCCACAACGCCUUCUCAUUUUCACAAAUUCCAAUAUUAUCUAUCAAUCGUGCCUACCAUCUUCACCAAGCGCCGCAUCUCCACGAAAUCUGGUAGUUUAGACCCGGCAGCAAUACCCCAACCACCGACCCUCGACCUUGUCCCUCUCAAGGAUAAAGAUGGGAAAGAAGUCUUGCACGUUUUGAAUCAGCUCAGCAGGGCAGAUUCUAAGACCCUCUUCACGAAUCAAUACGCGGCGACAUCACAGUCUCGUGAGGUGCCUGACAAUACUGUACCUGGCAUCUUCUUCAAGUAUGACAUCGAGCCUAUCCUGCUUAUUGUGGCGGAGCAGAGGAGUAGUUUUCUUGCUCUGGUGGUAAGGCUGGUCAAUGUGGUUUCUGGGGUACUUGUAGGAGGUGGUUGGAUGUUCCAAUUGAGUGGUUGGUUCGGAGAGAUGAUGGGAAGAAAAGGUAGAAGAAGCAAUACCGGCGUUUUGCAUGGAAGACAUGCUACUGUUGAGGAUGACCAUGAUGAUUGA